AUGGCCACCUUGGGCGGCCACAAUGGCCCCUGGGCCGAUCGCUAUAAUUCUAUGCUGUCGAUGGCGAAGAUGGUCUCACACCAGCUCUGUAUUUGUCGUGUGAGGAGUCGUCCGACUAGAGCGCUCUUUCUUGCCGUUGCUACAUUCUUCGCCCUGACGUUUCUCCUACUACGUUCACCCGCUCAACAACCUGUCAAUUACUGGUUGAAGUAUCCAUCAUAUCGACCGUCCCAAGGGCGCCCUGAGGAUGCGCAGGUCGUCCCAACCAGCCUUCCUUCCCUGAGAAGAAAUGAUACCCUCCCAUCUAGUCUUCAGAAAUCGAACCCCUCGUUCCAUUUUGUCAUCCCCGCAACGCAGAAAUCCGCUUCCCUAUGUCGCAUGCUGACCUCCGCUAUGAUUCUCAACUAUCCACCGCCUACGUUGGUUAGCUACGGCAAAGAUCUCCCCAAAGGGUCUCGAGAUUACGAUACGAUGGUGGACCGGGUAUCAAGCAUUUACAAAUUCCUCGCAUAUACUCCGCAUAUCCAGGACUCUGAUUUUGUCCUGAUUGCGGACGGAACCAAUGACUUUUUCUUUCAAUUACCGCCGGAGCUGAUGAUCCAGCGGUUUCAAAGCCUUUUACGAGAUAAUAAUGCCAAAUUGCGAGAUAAAUACGGUCUAGUGACCGUGGAACGGCCCUCAGGGCCGCCGGAAACAGUGCAGAAGUACUCCCAGAGAGUACUUUUUAGCGCCAGUAAGGCCUGUCUCCCAAUCUUGUCGAAUGAUGCAGGAUGUGUCUCCGUGCCGCAGUCCAGCCUCCCUCCGGAUGCGUAUGGCUGGAAGACCGAUGUUCACUCGGAAGGGCACCUGAAUCGGCCACGGUGGAUCAAACCCGGUGCUGCGAUUGGCCAGGUGGCCGAUCUGAAGCCGAUAUACGCUGAAUUGAUGCGGUAUGCAGAGCAGCAUCGCAACGUAAGAGGCGAUUACGUUGCUUUGACCCAGCUAUUUGGGCGACAGGAAUAUGUGCGGGAGCUGGAACGACGGAGAACCUCCAGCUCGGUCAGGGAAUGGCUGUAUCACUUGAUUGGCAUCUCCGAUGCCACCAACAUUACUAAGAUGCGCCCGCGUCUUGAAACUGGACAACGGUAUGAAUACGGGAUUGGACUCGACUACGAAUCCCGCUUGUUUUUCAACAUGCUUAAUUCGCAGAAGGACGUCGAAUGGCUUCAGUAUAACAACAUCUCCAAGACAUCUGCCGUCCAGAUGCAACACGGCGUUCCACGCGAGAGACGUCUUUUACUGCCGGCGGAUCUUGCUUCUGAGAAACUCAAAAACCCGUUUACCCAGCCCAAGUUUGGGAAGAAUGAAUGGGUGAAUCCUCCAUUAAACGGGACGCUUGAUACCCUCCCCAGCACCCGCAACCAUUCUUGGCGCAAUAUUCCCCUGAUGACUAACGUCCACUCGGCCAAUGUUCCUGCCUUGGUGCACCUGGAUGGGGACCCGAUGCUCCGUGACACUUGGUGGUCCAAGAUGUGGUAUUAUAAAUGGGCCCGGGCCCUUCUCCGCAAAUCCAUGCGUGCUCCGACGGGGUUCGAUGCGGCGCAGUCAGCCUUACUAGGUGGCCAAGAUUGGUGGGAUCUGCGAGGCGGCAGGGGCGGCCUUUGGACCGACAAGGGAGAAUGGAUUGAUUAUGCCGAAGUCUGUACGGGCUAUGAACGAGAUCUCUUUAAUGAUGACCAGGGAACCUGGGGUAAGGAGAGCGGAGACAGUUCCGAGGAGCCUAUUUACAACCAAUUUGGAAAUUUGGUCAAGGGCAAGGGCCAUUAA